AUGAAUUCCUUAUUAGAGUAACCAUUUCAAUACCGAUAACUCAGAUCUUAAUCACUCAGUCCUUACAACGACUGCAAUCUGAUUAAGCAACUCAAGAGAUAACUCCAUUACCCACCUUAAAAAAUGAUGUAAUUGGCAUCCUAUGAGUAUAUGCAAAAUCCAGAAUAGGAUGAAACAAAUGUGAUCAGUUCAGGUAAUCUUGGUUUUCAAUAGAAUAUAGAUUCCAUAUAAAAUUAUUAGAGGAUGAUAAAGGAAAGAAAAAACUCAUUAGUUGUUGACUCAGACCUAAAUACAUUAAAGCAAGAAGCCGCAUAAAGUGCAGAUAUAAAUUAACUUAAAUAAAUUGUACCCAAACUUCUAGUAGUUAAAAAAUUGAAUUAGAAGUUAUCUAGAAAAAAGAAGAAAAAGAUAAAUCCAGUCAACCCCCAAGAUUGUAACGAUGACGACAUUCUCCACCAAACCAUUGUUGUACAACAAAAUAAUUCGAUCACAUAAGCGUAGCAAAAGAAGGAGGAUAUAUCCAUCUUACCUUAAAUAAGGAAAUAAAAAUUGCAAAUUGACGAAUAGCCAAUCAAGAGAUCAGCCAGAUAUGAACAAUUAAUGGUAUUAAAAUAGUAAUUUAGAAAAAAUCUUUCGAUGAUUAAUUUGUAGAACUAUAAUCAUUAAUCAAGAAGAUGUAGAAGUAACCAAACAAUAAGAAAGAUAAAAAAGUUACUUUUCUUCUCUGA